AUGCUUAAAGCUAAGUUGAAAACAAACCAGUGUCCGUUGCAAAGGGAAGAAUUGAUCAAAGCAGAAACAAUCCUUUGGCAACAAGCUCAAUACGAGGCGUUUCCAAAUGAAGUUCGAAUACUAAAGAAUAAUUUAAAACGAAAGGAAAAUGAGUCCCUGCAGCAACUGGAGAAGUCCAGUGUGUUGUAUAGAUUGACUCCAGUGAUCGAUGACAACGGUGUCAUGCGCAUGGGCGGUAGAAUGGAGCAAGCCGAGCACAUUCCUUUUGACACCAAGUUCCCUAUUAUAUUGCCCAAAGAUAAUUUAAUAACCACUAGACUAUUACAGUUUUUCCACGAGAAGUGUGAACACGGGAAUAAAGAAACUAUUUACAACGAAGUCUGCCAAAAAUUUUGGAUUCCUAAGCUGCGAGUGGCUAUUCAACAUAUCAUGCGCGAAUGUAUGUGGUGCAAAGUCUAUCGAUGCAAGCCAGAAAUACCUCGAAUGGCUCCACUUCCGGUCCAACGACUCUCAGCAAAGCUUAGUCCCUUUAGUUCAGUGGAGAUAGAUUAUCUUGGUCCUUUGGAAGUUACUGUUGGCCGACGCAAAGAAAAAAGAUGGGUUGCCGUAUUCACAUGUUUGGCGGUGCGAGCAGUACAUAUGGAGAUCAUCUACAGUUUAUCGACCCAAUCAUGUUUAAUGGCUAUUCGAAGAUUCAUCAGCAGACGUGGAACUCCCGAGGAGAUAUUUUCGGAUAAUGGUACCAACUUUUUGGGAAGCUGGAAUCAGAUGCUGAAGUCGAUCGAUUACGAAUGUGCUGAGAAAGUGACCAGUCCUAAAACAAAAUGGCAUUUCAUACCACCGGGCACCCCUCAUAUGGGAGGAGCGUGGGAAAAGAUGGUCCGGUCGGUGAAGGAAGCUCUGAAGGUGUUUAGUGACGGACGAAAGUUGACGGACGAAAUCUUAAUUACAGCGCUAUCGGAGGCGGAAGAUCUGAUCAACUUUCGACCCCUUACAUACAAAUCGCAGGAAACAACGGGCUCGGAAGCGCUCACUCCCAAUCAUUUUCUUCGUGUUAUGAAACCUAUUGAUAUGGAAGGAGACGAAGUUGAGGUGGCAGAUGCUUUACGAGACAUCUACAAGAGAUCCUUGUAUUUGGCAGAUCAACUAUGGCAGAGAUGGUACAAAGAGUAUUUACCGACUAUCAAUAAAAGAACCAAAUGGUUUGAAGAACGUCGAACACUGAAGAAGGACGAUUUGGUGUUUAUAGUCAACGGAAAAAACAAAAAGCACUGGAUCCGAGGAAUAGUGGAGGAAAUUUUCGCGGCUCCAGAUGGAAGAGUACGACGAGCUCUAGUCAGAACAAACGUCGGGGUUCAUCGGAAAUCCGUAGCAAAUUUGGCUGUUCUAGGAGUAAAUCCGGAUGUUAUGUAG